AUGCCUAGUUUUUGGGACUUUGGAAGGAGGCAUCCAAAGCACCGAAACCUCCAAGAUGGUUUAUUCCAAAUCGCGUCACAAACUUGCAGCUUAUUGGUCCAAGUCAACAACACGAACAACAUCAGCUACGGCGACAAUUCGUCCAAUAUUCACCUCAACAACUUGUCAUCAGGUUCGCAUAGUAGAACUCCUCCUGCAGAUCCUGGAGGAUCAACCAGUAGUGAUAGGGAACAACUGUUGGUUGUUGUACCACCCAUGACAACAGAUAAAGUUGUUAAUAAAUACAGACCAGUUCCAGGAUUACUUGGGAAGCCUCGAUUAUCGACUGUAUUUGAAACACCUCUAGUUCAGAAUGAUGAAGAUACAGAGCCCUGGAAUCAUAAUGGUUAUAUGCUCCCAGUUGAUUUAGAAGCUGCCCCAACAAGAUGGGGUGAUAAGUCUAAAUGGUGUCGUCCAUCAUGUAUUCCCAUAUCUAUUAUAUGCAUCCUGAUCUUCCUGGUAGUAUUAUUGCCUUUAUUGGAUCAUGCAGCUGAAAGAGCCUUGCAAGAGUUGAACUCUUCCCCUUAUGACAGUUGUGAUGAUACUUGCAGGUUAUCAUUGGUAGAGAGUAUACCACAAGGUUUGGUUUAUCCAAAUGAUUCAGUCAUUUAUCCUUCCACUUUUCAUACAUGGUUAGAAUUAAUAAGUUCAGCUCAAGAAUCAAUAGACAUAGCAUCUUUUUACUGGACUCUAAGGCAAUCAGAAGUCUAUCCAGAUCCAUCUUCUAUUCAGGGUGAAACGAUUUUUCAAAGCCUAUUGAAGGCUGGGAUAGAAAGGGGAAUUAAAAUUAGAAUCACCCAAAAUGCUCCUUCACAAAAUUAUCCAAAUACUGACACUGAAUUGUUGGUCAAAAGAAAAGCUGCUGAAGUAAGGACUUUAAAUUUUGCCAAGUUGUUGGGCUCUGGAGUUCUGCAUACGAAACUGUGGGUUAUUGAUAGGAAACAUGUCUAUUUGGGUAGCGCUAACAUGGACUGGAGAGCACUCACUCAGGUGAAAGAGAUGGGUAUAUCCAUGUUCAAUUGCACUUGUUUGGCCGACGAUGUUGCAAAAAUAUUUGAGGUAUACUGGGCUCUUGGUAUAGAUGGCGCCAAAGUCCCAUCCCAUUGGCCAAUCAAUCUAUCUACCAAAUAUAAUUUGAAAACACCCAUGGAUUUGCUAUAUAACAAUGAAACAUUCCACACGUAUUUUUCAAGUUCCCCUCCGCCCUUCAGUCCCUCGGGCCGUACCGACGACAUCGACGCCUUACUCGGCGUCGUCCGCCAGGCGGAGCGGUUCGUCUACAUCGCGGUGAUGGACUACUUCCCCCUCACCAUCUACACACCGAAGACGCGCUACUGGCCGGUGAUCGACGACGCGCUCAGGGCGGCCGCCAUUGAACACCGGGUGCGCGUGCGCCUGCUGAUCAGCUUAUGGAACCACUCGCGACCGGCCGAGGACAAUUUCUUGAGGUCGUUGGCGAGUGUGGAUGGGGCCUAUCCCGGCGUGUCCAUCGAAGUGCGUCGCUUUAUAGUACCGGCAGACGAAGCCCAACAGAAGAUCCCGUUCGCCCGCGUCAACCACAACAAGUACAUGGUGACGGACAACACGGCCUUCAUCGGCACGUCGAACUGGUCGGGCGACUACUUCACCGACACGGCGGGCGUGUCCUUCGUGCUGCACGACCCGGUCUUCGACAGGAACUCCACCCAUACGACCGUCCGCAGCCAGCUGCAGGCCGUGUUCGAGCGCGACUGGAACUCGGUCUACGCGCACCCUCUGUAG